AGCGGGCUUUUCCGUGUCUGUUUACUGAAGUUUGCGGAUAAUUCGCUGUUUUUACUCUCAAAUCUAACUUUCAGUAAUAUUAUAGUUUAUUUUAAUAACAGCACAACUGCCGUAUGAUACUGAACAGCGGAGGAAGGGGCUGUUUUCUGUGUGUCGCUGGUGGCGGAAGCGUUUAUAACGGGUGUUUAGGCGGGACGUAUCGCAAUGGAAGUAGCGCAGACUUUGGACAAAGGAGGAGAAACGGAGCAGAAUAAGCGCAAAAUCCCCAGAGAUGUUGAGAUGGACAUUGAAUAUCUGUAUGAAGUUGUGCCCCAGCUGUCCAGAGUUUUUCGGAUUACUGACAAAAUUGGAGAAGGUACCUUCAGUUCAGUCUACCUUGGAGAAGCCCAGAUGACGAACGGCAGGAGAGAAAAGUUCGCACUGAAGCAUCUCAUCCCUACAAGCCACCCAGUGCGGAUAGCUGCAGAACUCCAGUGUCUGACUGUGGCCGGCGGUAAAGAAAAUGUGAUGGGGGUCACUUACUGCUUCAGAAAGGACCACCAUGUGGUGAUUGUUAUGCCCUAUGUGGAGCACCAGCCUUUUGUGGACAUUGUUGGCAUGCUGAGUUUUGAGGAGGUCCGGCUGUACAUCUAUCAUUUGCUCAAAGCCUUGAAACACAUCCACAAGUUCGGCAUCAUCCACCGUGACAUCAAACCGACAAACUUUCUGUACAACCGACGGGAGAGAAGGUACGCGCUGGUGGAUUUUGGCCUCGCUCAGGGAACUCCUGACACUCAGAUCGAGCUGCUGAAGGUGGUGAAAUCUCAGAAGGUUCAGAAAGGUGGUGGGUCUGCAGGCAAAUCUGAGGAGUCACAGGGGAAACGGGCACUGAUACCUUUACCUCCCAACGUAAAGAGUCCUGCACCUCACGCUUCCACAAAAACAGCAGCUAAAAGACCGUGUCCACCUGUACGCACCAAACACAACAAGGAGCUGAUGGGACUCUGUAAAUCAUCCCGUUCUGUAUUUGGGGAGAGAAACCUUAACAACAUAAACGCUGCAAAGAACCCAGCAGAUAAGGUCGAGGAACACUUGUUAAAACCAACAAAAGCCGAUGACGUCAUUGGACGCAAGUUUGUGUCCUCUAAACGGCGCCCUCUUCCGACGAGAGCCGCAGUGACCAGCCAGAAGCCAAAAACUGCCCCCCUUAACCCGUCACUCACCUGCAGCUGCUACAUGACGGACCGCAUCUGCAACAUCUGCCUGUCUAGGAAACAGCAGAUGGCUCCUAGAGCAGGUACCCCAGGCUUCAGAGCUCCUGAAGUUCUGACAAAGUGCCCCAAUCAAGGAACAGCUAUUGAUGUCUGGUCAGCGGGCGUGAUUCUGCUCUCACUUCUGAGUGGCAGGUAUCCAUUUUUCAAAGCCAGCGACGACCUGAUGGCCUUAACUCAAAUCAUGACUAUUCGUGGUUCCAGGGAAACAGUACAAGCUGCUAAAAAGUUUGGGAAAGCCAUAGUGUGCAGCCGUGAGCUUCCUCCUCUGGACCUGAGGAUCCUCUGCGAGACCCUGAGAGGCGUCCGACCGUGUGGAGAGGAUUCGCUGCCCGCUGAGUUUCAGGCCACUCGUCACCCUGUAGAACUCAAGCAGGAAAACACUGGACCUGCUGAGAAACAGAGCGGCCACUCUACCUCACAGUCACCCGAAAACCCUGCAGCAUCCCAGGGGACUGGAUGGGACAGUAUUCCUGAUGAUGUCUAUGACCUACUGGACAAACUUCUGGAUUUGAACCCAGCAACAAGAAUAACUGCUGCUGCGGCUCUGCGGCAUCCGCUCUUUAAGGACAUCAGUGAUUAACAGAAGGACGUAGACACCAGUUGACCUGACCAUGUUCUGCCACGCUCUUUUGGAGCAACUGCUUGGUUGGGAAAAGCUUUACAGAACAAAUUGUGAUCUAGUUUUUUGUCAGAAUACCUACAUUUAGAGUGCGUUAUUCAUUUUUAAGUUAUUUCUUUUCGUAUGCAUGUGAAACGUCGCAUUAACAUGGUGGAGAAUGUCCUCAUCCUUUUCAACUUGCCUAAUUUCAAUUAAACAGCACAGUUAGUGUCGUAUUUUAAAUUGGACACUCAAACAAAAUGAUUAGAUCUGAAAUAUGAUACAAAUGGGAUUUUUCCAGCGUUCUAGUCUAUGAAAGACUGUGCUUGUGGAUGGAUUCAGUUCUGUUUAUCCACCAGGUCAGAAUCCUCAGGGUUGUUUGUUUGGAUAAAGCACUGCACACAGAGUUGAGUGCUGCUGUCGUUUUGUUUAAUGCGAAACGCUACAUAGAAAGUGCAUUAGUUUUGUAACAUAUUGUAAAGUCUGUGUUUAUUUAUCCAGUGUGAUAGUUUUACAUUGUCUGAUAUGGAUUUCUUCAACAGUGCAAACAUUGUCGAAUAAUUCCAAACUGUAA